AUGAACCCAACAACAACGAAGGUGAUGACGGCAUUGUUGCUUGUAGCUUUGCUGCUCAAUGCUAUAAAUGCAUCCGUCAUUGGAAGAAAAAGCAGCACAACAGGCGGUUCUCUUUCCACUGAGGAUUUAGAAAUGGCACAUCGCCUCAGGGACAAAAGAACAAGCUAUAAUUCCGUUCUCGAGGAUGAUUUGAAAAAACAAUUCCGAGACUUUUACGAUUCAAAGGUGAAACAAAAAUUGGUGGAUACCACUGACGCAUUGGAUCAAGCCUCCUCUCGUUUAACAGAGCUAAAUAUUAACGAAACAGUGUUCGCAACAUUGACAUCGGCAAAGGAAGCCGAUCUCAUGGCUUCCAUUAGUACUGAAUUAGAGUUGAAAAAGACUCUUGUUUUGACUCAAUUUUCAGCCGAGAAAAUAUCGGAAAAUUUGCUGACGCUUGUGAAUAACUACACAUCAACCACAUUCGGAGAAGAGGUAUUCGUUAGACAAUUCACAUCUGAAUAUGCAAAUGAUCAUCAUUUUCAUUUGAACUCAAGACGUGGUUUUUUUCCCUCUCUUGAGAGAUCCCACAAAAAGGGUAUCAUUAGAAUUCGAAAUAGAAUAGCUGCUGGUGCUGAUCACGUUCUUGUAUUGAUGCCCGAUGGAAAAUUACACUCAACAGGGUCUUAUUUUGAAGGUAAUUUGGGAAGAUCGUAUAAGGAUUCAAGAUUGCUUUUCAGGCUACCUGUUGAAGCACUUGAUGACUUAGAAAUUUAUCAAUUCGAAGUUAAUACCCACAGCAAUUUAGUUUUGACCAACAAGGGGAUUUAUACUUUUGGAGUGAACAGUGAUUUUCAAUUGGCGACUGGUUUAAUCUCGAACGUUUACAUUCCCACAAGAAUGAAUGGCUUUGGAGGAAAAAUUAUAACACAAAUUGCACUUGGAUAUAAUGCAGGAUAUGCCAUCGAUGAGAAUGGAAAAUUAUGGGCAUGGGGUGCCAACGAUAAGGGUCAGCUUGGUGAUCGAACAUUUGAUCCAAAAAGUAGGCCAUUCGCUGUCUAUUUUUAUGGAAUACUAAAAGGAAAGAUUGUUUCCAGAGUAUGUGCAGGUAAAAACUAUGCGAUCGCGCUCACAACUGAUAACACACUCAUUGCCUUUGGUGAUAACACUUUUGGACAAUUAGGAACAAAUGACACAGUAACGCAAGGUGAACCAGUUAAGGUAAAAUUAAAUAAUUUACAAGGAAGACAGAUUUCAGAUAUUCAAUGUGGAACGAAACAUAAUUUACUUCUCACAACUGAUGGAAUGGUUUAUUCAUGGGGAUCUAAUGAAAAUGGACAACUUGGAGAUGGUUCAACAUUGAAUUCACUUGUUCCAAUAUUUGUUUCCUAUCUCUAUAAUAAUUUAUCUUGUGUUGCAGAGAGAAUUCACACAAGAGGGUUUGUUAAUUUUGUGAUUUGUUCUGACAAGAGAUUAUUCUCAUGGGGAAAGAAUGAUAUUGGACAAACAGGAACUGGUUCAAUUGGUUCAAAUAUUUUACGUCCAACUUUGGUCAAACAUUCUCUUCAACCUAUUGUCGACAUUGCUACUUCUGAAAAAUCUUCGUACAUUUUCUAUGCGGAUGGUUCGAUUUUUGCGACAGGAAAAUGUCAAAACACUAGAAUGUUCUUCAAUCAUGAUUGCAUUGACACAUCACCAUUAUAUUGGAAUGGAAUUACUUACACGGAACGAUUUCUAUUCAACUUGGACGGAUAUUUCACUCCCGUUUCCAUGCAAAAUGAUCUUCAUCUUGCUUGGUAUUACCGUAAACCUGUCUAUUUUGAAAUGGGAGAUUUGGCAUAUUUACUGAAACAAGAAAAUACCAUUCCAACAAGAAGGAACAAUGGAUUUAAUAUGUAUGUUUUGAACAAUACUGAGAACAAUAAUGGAGAAGAAUGGAAGCUUGUAGAAUACGAUUCGUAUAAGAACUAUGGAUUUCCUGACUCGAUUUACAACACUCAUUUCCUCAAACACAAUGAAUAUUUUUAUCUGUUCGGAGGUUUUGUGAAUGAUGAAGUUUCGGACAAGAUUUAUCGAUGUCCAAUUUUUAGUUUAGACAAAGAAUGGGAAUUGUUACCUUUCACACUUCCCACACCUAUUGCUUCCGGUGUUUUAGUUUCUAGUGGAGAUUAUGUGUAUAUUUUUGGAGGAAUUACUUCAAUGUAUUCAUACAACUCCACAACCGAUUUUGCACCAAGAAAGAAUGCAAUUGUCACUGACAAAAUAAUGAGAGCUCCUUUAUCAGAUUUGACAUCAUGGGAGAUUAUGUCAGAUGUUCUUCCUGUCCCUAUUCAUUCUGCAUUUUGGGAAAUUAUGGAUGGCUAUAUUUAUUUAUUUGGUGGUUCAAGAAGAUUUGGAACCUCUCAAAACAACAUAUUUAGAGCCUCACUACUAACUCCAAAUGUUUGGGAACACACCUUCAAUGUUUUACCCUAUUUCAUGAUAAAUACCGGCCAAAUAUCAUCUGCUGAUGGUGACAUUUCCUUGUUUGGAGGCACUAAUUCUACCUCUGGUGUGGGAGGUCCAUAUGGUGUUUAUGCUCACAAACGUGAUUUAAUGUGGAAUGCAAUGUUUGAUGUAAAUCGAACAAAAAGUUGGUGUUCGGCGUAUCCUUUCAUGUGUUAUACUUGUUUUGGUUUCGAAGCAACCAAUCCUCAAGUAUGCUCCGGAUUAGGAAGGUGUAUGGAUUAUGACAAGUGUGACUGUCCAACAGGAAUUUCUGGAAAUAACUGUGAUAAAACUAGUAUUGUAGCUUUUAAUGGAAUAAGAAGGUAUGCUGAUGGAACAGCUGCUACUUCGUGUCAAGAAUACAAAUAUCCAACAAAUUCAAGCAAAUUGUACUCAGGUCUCACUGGUUCUGGAGUGUACAUGAUUCAAAAUGAUACGAACAUUCCUCCUGUCGCUGUUUUUUGCAACAUGCUGACAACUCCUCCAUCAACAGCAAAUUACACUCUAUUUCUUGACAGAGUUGGAUUUGUGGUCAAUAUUAAAGAGCGGCACCUCAAAUAUGGAAUUACAGAUCCUACUCUACUCCAACUCAAUAACGAAGGCAAUGGAAUUUAUCAAAUAUCAAUUCCCUCACUAAUACCAAGUUCAAUGCUUUGCUUGACACCCCUGACGGGUUCCGAAAUUCUUUGCAGCUACUCUGGAGUAUGCUUUACAGACGCGAAUGGAAGCACCCAAUGCUUGUGUGGAGUUGGUUAUUCGUCUCAGUCAAACGGAACCUCAUGUGUCCGAACAAUCUAA